AUGCUUAAACUCACAAGCAAGGGGUCUCUUGUUGUGAUGAAGGGACUCAGGAAAACUGUCAGUUUAUAUGUUCUGCAAGGCUAUAUGAUUACAGGUGAUGUUAUUGUUGCUAGUUCCUCUAUGUCUGAUUCCGAUGCUACAAGAUUAUGGCACAUGCGUCUGGGUCACAUGAGUGAGAAUGGCAUAGUCGAAUUGAACAAGAGAGGGCUUUUUGAUGUGCAGGGUAUUACGAAGCUGAAGUUUUGUGAACAUUGCGUUUUUGGUAAGCAGAAAAGAGUUAGGUUCUCGGCUGGAAGGUUUGAACAUUUUUUGAAACAAAAGAGUGACGUGUUUUCUACUUUUAAAGAGUGGAAGUUUAUGAUUGAGAAGCAGACAGGGAGAACUGAAGGUAUUGUGAGGCACCAUACAGUUCGACAUAAUCCUCAACAGAAUGGAGUUAUAGAGAGGAUGAAUAGAACUUUGAUGGAGAAGGAGGUAUGGACUGGUUCUCUUGCUAGUUAUUCUGAUUUUAAAAUUUUCGGGUGUCCUCCGUAUGGUUAUGUAGAUAAUGGGAAGUUAGAGCCUCGUUCGGUGAAGUGUGUGUUCAUAGGGUUCAAGCAAGAGAUUGAUUCAGAAGAAGAACCUACGACGUAUUCAGAAGCGGUUACUUGUGAAAACACUAGUAUGUGGAUGAUCGCUAUGCAGGAAGAGAUCGAAUCGCUUCACAAGAAUUCUACAUGGGAUCUAGUGAAGCUACCAAAGAGCAAGAAGGUUGUUCGCUGCAAAUGGGUGUAUAAGAGAAAGGAAGGUACGAUGGGAGUUGAAAAAGUUAGUUCUAUUCGGGCUUUACUAGGUAUUGUGGCAUUCCACGAUCUUGAGCUUGAGAAGUUAGAUGUAAAAACUGCAUUCUUAAAUGGAGAACGUGAGGAAGACAUCUACAUGCAACAACUAGAGGGAUCCGUAACCUUAGGAAAGGAGGACUACGUAUGUGAGCUGAAAAAGUUUCUUUAUGGUUUGAAACAGUCACUGAGAUAG